CUCGAGGUCGUGUCGCUCAGAGAGGGAGCGCAUCGCAUCGCAUUGCAUUCUCACUGCCAUAAUGGUGCGAGAGCACGCAAGGACUUCGUCCAUCACUGGAUGGCCACAAAGGGUCCGUCCACAGCAGCAACAGCAGGAGCACGCCACGAGUGGUUGACACGGCGUGUUCUACGGCCAGCAUUGUCCAUGUGAAAUGGCGAAAUGGCCCGAAGAAUUCCAAACUCUUCUGUGCCUUUCCAAGCGACAGCAUGGACCUGGAGGCACACAUGCACGAGCACUAAUCCAACCCUCCUGCGUCCCCGUUCUGAUCGAUUGCCUUUCUGCCUUUCCGGUGCCUGCGCGCCUUGCUCCACACCUGCACACAAAAUCCACUCACGUUGCACCACCUCCAUAGGCCCUAUUAUCUUUCUGCCUCUCCCACAGACACAGCUCGCACAAGCACAGAAGCUCCACGCUUUCGCUGCCUCCAGCCGCCGUCAAACCAACCUUCUCACGCCACACACACGCCCAUGCCGCGGCGUUUCAGGCUCCCACCGCCCCAUCCGAAUCCCGUGCUUCAGUGUGUUGCGCCGCCGCGCAGCCAACAAGAUCUUGACAGCUGGCCCGGGAGAUCUAGCGGCGGCCGUUCGGAGGCAGCACCGACCCAAUUGCGACUCUCAUGUCAUGAAUCUGAGACGGGGGCCUUUGUCAACCAGGCGCCAAGCGCACUGACAAUUGCGAAUCUGUUGGGACGCUGGGACUUUGGGCGUCGGGAAUUCAGAGAGUAGGAUUGGGAAGGCAUGCGCUGAUCUCCCGUGGUCGGAGCAUGGGGUG